AUGUCCUGUUACUUCACCCAGUGCAGCCACCAUAUCUAUACAACAAUUAGUAAGUCAUUGAAUCCAUGUCAAGUGAUUCGAUUUCAACAUCUACGAAAUAUUGGUAUUUCAGCACAUAUUGAUUCGGGUAAAACCACACUCACUGAGCGGAUUCUGUUUUACACGGGACGAAUCGAUACUAUUCAUGAAGUUCGUGGAAAAGACAAUGUGGGUGCCAAAAUGGACUCGAUGGAGCUUGAACGUGAAAAAGGCAUUACCAUUCAAUCGGCAGCAACAUACACUUCAUGGAAAUCUCACGCCAUUAAUAUUAUUGACACUCCAGGUCACGUUGAUUUCACAAUAGAGGUUGAAAGAGCACUCCGUGUGCUUGAUGGUGCCAUUCUUGUUCUCUGCGCUGUUGGUGGUGUCCAGAGUCAAACCAUAACGGUUGAUCGCCAAAUGAAACGCUAUAAUAUUCCCCGUAUAUGUUUUAUCAACAAAAUGGACAGAGCUGGUGCCAAUCCGUAUCGUGUUAUUGAUCAAAUCCGAACUAAACUUCGUAUCAAUGCAGUACCAGUGCAAAUGCCUAUUGGUGUAGAAACCAAUCUUCAAGGCGUUGUUGAUCUUGUUUACAUGAAAGCGUAUAUUAAUCAAGGCGUUAAAGGUGAAACGAUUUCGGUUCAGGACAUCCCCGCUGAUCUGUUGGAAAAAGCUCAGACUAUGCGCAACACGCUCAUUGAAAGCAUUGCCGAUAUUGAUGAGACUAUUGGAGAUAUAUAUCUGAACGAAAACGUUCCGACACCAGAGCAACUGCGCGAUGCCAUUCGCCGUGUUACGAUUUCCCGCACUUUUGUUCCAGUAUUUAUGGGAUCUGCAUAUCACAACAGAGGCGUACAGCCUCUUCUUGAUGGUGUGUUGGAUUAUCUUCCCGCACCUCACGAGGUCGACAACCACGCUCUUGAUACAAAAGAAAAAGAAAAGCAAGUUGUACUCAGCUGCCAAUCUAACGUACCUCUUCUCUCACUUGCAUUCAAGCUGGAAGAAGGCCGGUUUGGACAACUGACAUAUCUGCGUAUCUACCAGGGCACCAUGCGUCGUGGUGAUUAUAUCACCAAUGUUCGUACUGGCAAGCGAGUCAAGGUUGCUCGUCUUGUCCGUAUGCACUCCAACGAAAUGGAAGAUGUAGAAUCUGUUGGAUCGGGUGAAAUCUGUGCACUUUUUGGUGUAGAUUGUGCCUCGGGUGAUACGUUUAGCAACGGAUCUAUGCAGCUUACCAUGACAUCUAUGUUUGUACCUAAACCAGUUAUUUCACUUUCAAUCACACCCAAAAGCAAAGAGUCUGCCAACUUUUCUAAAGCGCUUAAUCGCUUUCAACGAGAAGAUCCCACAUUCCGUGUACAUGUUGACCACGACAGCAAGCAAACCAUUAUUUCUGGUAUGGGUGAGUUGCAUCUGGAGAUCUACGUUGAGCGCAUGAAGCGAGAAUAUGGUGUCGAGUGCGCUACUGGUAAGCCACAAGUCGCAUUUCGUGAAACCAUUACUGCCAAGGUACACUUUGAUUACCUUCACAAGAAGCAAUCGGGUGGAUCUGGACAAUACGGUCGUGUCAUUGGAUACAUUGAACCACUUGCUGAAGAGGAUACUGGUGAAUUUGAAAAUCGCACUGUUGGUAUGAAUAUUCCAUACCAAUACAUUCCAGCCAUCGAAAAAGGAUUCUACGAAGCUUGUGAAAAAGGUUCACUUGUUGGUCACAAUGUCACAGGUGUACGAUUCGUUUUAGAAGAUGGUCAGGCACAUUUAGUCGAUUCGAGUGAAUUGGCAUUCCGUCUUGCUACCAUGUAUGCAUUCCGUGAAUCCAUCAAACAAGCCAAAGCUAUUGUUCUUGAGCCUAUUAUGGAAGUUUCAUUGGUUGCACCUGCCGAAUUCCAAGGGCCUUGUAUUGCAUUGCUUAAUCGACGCAAAGGUACCAUUCACAACUCUGAAGUUCGCGAAGAAUAUCUGGAAGUCACUGCUGAUGUGCCUCUUAAUGACAUGUUUGGAUUUUCCACUGAUUUGCGAUCCAUCACUCAGGGCAAAGGCGAAUUUUCCAUGACAUACAAGGAUCAUCAGCCAGUCAUGCCGUUUGUUCAAGAACAACUGGUCAAGGAGUAUCAGAUUGCCACUGGCCAUGCUCCACCUGCCUCGAAUAAAAAAUAA